CUGUUACGCCUUCAAACUCUACUACAUCACGACUUUUAUUGUGCUGAUAUCCCCACAAUCAACGCACGUUUUCAAAGACUCCCUCAAAGACACUAUUUUCUUGAACAAUGCCUUCUUCAGUGCCCACCAACAGAGCCACUAUCCCUGGCACGUCCAGAUCCCAGCCCCGAUGGGAUCCCGAGGACGUGCUGAAUCUAUGUGUGGACGGCCUCUGCUUCGGGUAUGCCCCGUCAAAGCGUCGCGAGUGUCACAAGCGGAUCCGGCGUCAUGACGUGUACUUCUUGGUUACCGAGAUAGCAAAGAAACAGCCAGACCCGGAGCGAAUUCGACCGGACCUUGUGAAUCUCGCCAAUCAUGGGUUAUGUUAUCUACAUCGACAUACACAAGGCGAGGCGCUGGUAAACGAAUGGACGAGCAAUAUCAGGGCAGCGUUCCCGGUCGAGCUUGAUCGAACGCAAGGCCGGAGAUCUGCAAUGCAGAGUCAGCCGGCGACAGUGGCUUUCACGCCUGCCCAGCUUGAAGCAAUACGCGCGCAGAUCGAGCAGAUCGUGCAACAGGUCAGGCAGGAAUUAGGGCCUUCGAACAGUACCACUCCUCCUCGGUACCAUGUAGCGAGUUCAGCCGCUGCUGAAUCCGUCAACGCACCAUCGGAGAUCCCGCCAACACCUAGUACAUCGUUGGGCCGGGCUGCGCGCAGCGCAGGCGAUCGAGGGGGAUUGCGCGAUUUGUCGUGAUGUUUUGGCAGAGGAUGGGUCGACGGCGGCGAGCGACGAGGGUUUGGUGUGGUGCAAGGACAGCUGCGGACAGAGCGUACAUCAACAGUGCUUUGAUGGCUGGAAGAGGCAAUGCGUUGCUGAUGGUAGAGCUGCGACAUGUGUGUCAUGCCGCGCAUCCUGGAGUGAGGGGUGUGAUUGCUAGGUGCAAGCUCUCGGUAAGUCGGGAAAGCCGGAAAUAGAUCGCCAAUC